AUGGCGUUGACCGUGUUUACUCAGAACUUGGGGGCAUCAAUCACCAUCAGCAUAGCAAACACCAUCUUUGACACCAGCCUGAGAAGCGAGCUCAUCCGGCGUGCUCCCAACGUCGAUGCCACUGCGGUCAUUGCAGCCGGCGCCACUGAGUUCCGCGGCUUUGUGUCGCCUCAAGACAUGCACAAUGUCCUCGCGGCAUACGCUACCAGUGUCGACAGAGUGUUCUACUUUGCCGCUGCUCUGUGUGUUGCUUCAUUUGCUUCCGCUUGGGGCAUGGGGAUGAACGAUGUGCGGAAGAAGAAGCAGACUAAAGAGGGAGAUGUGUAA